AUAUCCUGAGCUAAUAUUUUUGGAGGCACAAACCGCACUGUCUGCCCUCCUCACCUUUGGGCAUAUCCACCUUCACAUUAUUCACUUCUAUUGCAAGCUUUUCAUCAUGCUUGGAAUGUGAAUCCUUCCCAUCACAACACCCUUCAACUUCCAUUUCAUUUAUUGGGACUCCAACAGCUUCUAUAUUGCCUCACGUUGAUCUUCUCCUUCAACAACACACAGUGCCUGCUCUUGUUCCGUCUGUGUAUCAUAUUCUUCCUCAAUCACAUCAUCAUUUUCUUCUUCAAUCACAUCAACUGAUUGCUCGAUUUGCUCCACCGGUUGAUCAACUUGUUCCACGGUUUCCCCACCAUCUGCAGUUUCUGCAUCUUCCACUUUCUCAUCGCCAAUGCACUCCUCCUCUAACUCUAAAUUCUCUGCCACCUCAAUUACCUUCGUGGCAUCACCCUCCACAGUUUCCCUCUCAUUUCCACCAUCCUCCUCGCAAUCCAACUGCAUUAAACCCUCCCCAUCCACCUCCUCUUCUUCCCCCACAACUUCCUCUUUAACUUCAACCAACUCAUUAUCCUCAUGCUCCGAGCCAUGCGUUGCUCUAACCCUCCCUGGCCUCUUCCAUUUCACAACCUUGGGCCUCCCACCUUCCAACCCCUCCUCACUCUCAUCAUCCAACCCCACCCCCUUCCCUCCACUACUACCCCCAAUCACCUCCUCAAAAAGCUUCCUCUUCCCUUUCCUACACCCCGACUUCCCCCUCCUCGAUCUCAACCUCGCCUUCCUCCUUCUCUUCCUCCUUCACAUUCUUCCCAACCCUCCUCCUCUUCUUCGGCGGCCCCGGCGACAAAUCAAGCACAACCGGGGCCCGCCGCUUGUGGCCAUUUGGUUGAAAGACAGGGAAUGGUAAAGAGACUUGGAACGGGAGGAUCUCAUAGAUGAAAGCUUUCGAAAUGUUAUCCCCUCAAGAGAAUGUGAGUGUGACUCUCUACUACGAGACACUCUGUCCUUAUUGUGCCGAUUUCAUAGUGAACCAUUUGGCCAAGAUCUUCGACAAUGGGCUCAUCUCCGUCGUCACCCUCAGAAUGGUCCCUUGGGGUAACGCUUGGCUCAAUUCCGAUGGCUCCUUCGCCUGCCAGCAUGGAACAGAUGAAUGCUUGCUCAACACAAUUGAGGCCUGCACCAUCACCAUUUAUCCUAAUGUGAAUCGGCAUUUUAGAUUCAUCCAAUGCGUUGAGCGGCUCACAUUGCAGAACAAGCACAACAAAUGGGCUGAUUGCUUUGAAAUGUCGAAGUUGGGGACUGUUCCUAUCGAUUGCUACAAUAGUGGAUAUGGCAAUCAGAUUGAAACAAAAUAUGCAAAGGAAACUAUUCAGCUUAAUCCACCACAUAAAUUUGUGCCAUGGCUGGUUAUUAAUAAUAAACCACUUGCAGAGAACUAUGAUAAAUUCAUGACCUACAUCUGUCAAGCAUACAAAGGAAAAUCUCCAGAAGCUUGCAGAUCGAUUCGCUCCAAGACUGAAUCAAGUGGGAAUGAAAGAUCAAUUCCUCAAGUUUGCUUAGUAGAACAAGGAAGAAACUCUACAUCUUAAGCCUUAGGAGCAGA